CCACAUCGCCUCAUCUAAUUCGACUGCAUGAUCACGCGACCCUUAAUCCAUCAUCCCUCCUCAUCACGAUGAACGGUCACUCGACGUCGCCGAAAAGCGUGCGACGUCGCAGAGGACGUAGUCGUGGCGGGUCCAUCUCGUCGCUGGCCUCGGUGGACGACAUCGAGCCGCUCCCGCCUGCGAUUCCGACGAUGCAUGAUGAGGCUUCCUCCUCUGCUCGAGUCGCUUCAUCCUCAUCCUCGACUUCGGCGUCAACUUCGCGCCAUUCACUCAACGACACCGAGCAUGCCAUACCCGCCUCAGCACGAUACGUGACCGUCUCCGCGAUCCUGUCCCGCGCUGGCGUCCUCUACCCGACGGACUCCUCGUCCACCGACGGGCAGGACAUCUUUGCUGUUCCUCCUCCUCCCUCAUCAUCAUCUUCUCAUCCUCGCAACGCGGAGAGGAGGCGACCCAGCGGCGGGACGAGCAGCGGUAAUGCGCUCGAAGCGCUUGGCACGCUGCUCUUGCAUCGAGACAGUAAAGGAAGGGCGUCGAGCCUCAGCUUCCAGAGAUGGCAGCCAGACGGCGGUGAGCCUCCGUCGUCUCGACGCUUUUUACAGAGACUUCAGAAGGCGGGCAAAGCGACGUUGGGUCUGUACAUCCCGCAGUAUUCCUCCACGGACGACUCCCGUCCGACCACGCCCACUAUCGCAGAGCGUCGUGCGAGCAAGCGCCGGCAAGAAGUCGGAUCGAACGGCGCGGCGGACGAGGUGACAUUCGUGACUGUCCGGACUCGCCGCAAUCAGCCCUCGUUCGAAGUCUCACGCCCUUCAAGUCCUCGCAUCUCCGGGUCAUCAUCCCUUGACGCUCACGCUCACGCUCACACGCGGAUGCGGCUGAGUCGCUCUCAGUCGUACGGAAUCGGCUCGACGUACGGCCUUCAUGACCCACCUGAGGCGCCGCCCACUCCUUUGGGCAUGCCGGGCGAUUGGGCAGGGAGCAGAGGCGGGGGUAAUGGCUCGACAUCCUCGGGCGAAGAGGAUAUGGCCUUGCUCCUUCCUCCGCCUCUCCUGGAUGACGCCGGGUCGGAUCAGCGCAGUUUCGAAGGGCUGUUGGGGGUGCGCCGGGCGAAGGAGGCGGAGGAGGCCAGGAGGAGGUUGCAGAGGCUGGCAGCGCGUAAUCGUCCGGCGCACAAGGUUGGCAUGAUGACUGCGUUGAGCAACUUUGUGAAGGCGGCGCAUGCCGCUGAUCAGGCGACAAAGGCGGCUGCGGCUGCGAAACGGCAAAGUAGCGGGACGAGGCCGAGUGUGGGCCCGCGAAGGCAUACGGAGCCACCUCAACCAUUGGAGAAGCGUAGGAAAAGGCCGGUCGUGGCGGAAGAGAUGGAGGUACCGUCUCACGGCAGCAGCUCGCGACUUUUAUCGACCAGCAUGGACUCGAGUCGUAGCUCCAUCGAUGCAAGCCGAACACUCGAGACUGUCCCGGAGGACGACGCAGGGCUGUCAAAAACUCCCCUCUCGCAAGCUCCGCCACCCGUAGCAACCUCGCGCAGAUCUUCUAUCGCCCUACGAGAUCGCGAGAUGCCUAGCGCCCCGCGCCUCCUGCCUAUCCAGGCCGCUAUGCCCGAGACGCCCUUCUCGCCCCUUGCCAAGUCUAGCGCAGCAGCGAGCGUCAAUGUCAGUCCUCCGGCCGAUUACAUCUCAGCGCGAGCGAGGCCCGGCUCAGCCUCCAACCCCAACCCGCCACCCGCUCCUCGAUUAGCCGCAACGGUCCUCUCCCUCCCGCCCUCACCGUGGACUCCGCACGCCCACGCUCGCAGCGGCAGCUCCUCUCGAGAUCAGUAUCCCCUUUUCUCCCUCGCCCUUUCGAGCAACAGCGCCAGCAGCUCGCGAGACGUCUCCGAGCCGGGUACGCCACGUCUUGCCCCUACGCAUCUUUCCUACCAGCCUUCGCCCUACCCGAGUGAGCCGGGAAGUCUCGUAGCCUCACCCAAGGCGCUCUCGGCCCUCGUUACAUCACCCGAGGUAUUGUCCGCGUCCACGCAGGAAGCGAGACAGCCUCUCACUCCAUCGUCCGAGCCCGCGUCCGCGCCCGCACCCGCCUCGCCGCUAGCUCUUGAGCCGACCAAGCCCGACGUGGCCGCACCAUCAGCAUCGAGCUCGCCCCGAUCCUUCCUCCUCUGGUGGCUCCUGGGGGACCUUGGCCUCAACGUGCAGCAUCGCCUCCUCUCUCCUACGCGCACCUCCUCCUCUGCAGCGUCCCUCCCGCUCCUCACGCUCGGCUUCCUCACCUUCUGCCUCUCGCACCUCGUCGAGCUCGCCUACGAGGUAGCAGAAACCGCCGCGCUGACCUGGUGGUUUCUCCGCUGGCUUGCACUCAACCUCACGGGGAGGACUGUGCUGAGCCGCUGUGUGCUCGAGGCGUACGCCCUCAUCCAGGCCGAGUGGACGCUCGUGGCCAAGGAGGACCACGAGGAGCGGGGCGAAAGAGAAAGGAAGGCAGAUCCGCAACCACGGGGCUUGGCGAAGAUUCAGGUGCUGCGCGGCUUCAUCGAGCUCGUCUGCUUGCACGCCGUUACGAGGGAACAGUGGUUGCGCGAGGGGGCGGGCCUGAGGUUGACCGAGGGGUGGGACAGGGGCGUCGUGCCCGACGGCGGUGCGGAGGAAACGGAGGAUGUAGGCGCUUCCGAGUCGGACUCGGACGAAGAGGAGAGCGAUCUCGUCGUCACGCGGCGCGAGCGGGACAUUCUCGAAUUCACGCGCACCCCGCGGAUACGACCGCAGGAUGCACAGGGUAGUGGAAGCUACUUUCACCUCUCCUCCAGUCGCAAGCCCUCCUCCUCCUCCUCAUCAUCCUCCACGCGCUCCCUGAUCCGCACCCUCAAAUGGGCUUCACGCCUCGCCGUCGGCGCAUAUGGCCUGCACGUGCACAUCGUCGACUUACCUCCCACCUUUACCCCCUCCGGGGAGCGCUUCAACCGUCAAACCUUCGCGCACCUGAGCCGGCUCAACGACCCGGAGGAUGUGCUGCACGCGGAUAUCCAGCACCUCGGUGACGGAGUGGCAGCAGACGAUGGCACGCCCCCGUACCAGCCGACAUUCUACGUCGCUCGGGAUCAUGUACGCAAGACGAUCGUGGUUGCCGUGAGGGGGACGCAGAGCUUCUCGGACAUCAUUGCGGAUUUGGACAUGAGGACUGAGCGCUUUCCACUCGCCGCUCACGAUGAGGACGAGGGAGAGGAGGAUGGGGAGGACGAGGGACAGGGCGAGCUCACCUGCCACGCGGGCGUGCUGCGUGCCUCCCAAGCUCUGCUGGCCCCAGGAUCCACCCUCCUCUCAACGCUUAGCAGUGCCCUCUCCGACCACCCGGCGUACAGCCUCACCUUCACCGGCCACUCGCUGGGUGCGGCCAUUGCCUCGUGUCUAGCCAUGCUCCUUGGCCGCUUCGACGCCAAGACGGGUAGGUGGGUCAUCGCGGAGCGCCAGGGCCCGGCGGGAGGAGACCUACCGCCGGGCAGAGGCGUUCGUGCAAUCAGUUUUGCGCCGCCCGCGACCUUCUCUUCUUCCCUGGCCAGGAGGGCGAGCAAGGGUGGGGCAAGACCGCUCGUGCUGUCCGUUGUCCUUGGUGGUGAUAUCAUACCGAGAGCGGGACAUGGACAGGCCCGUGAGCUGCGCAGGGUGCUCGGGGCGCUAGCGCGGGUGAGGAGGAGACGGGGCGAGGGGGCCUCCGUAGAUGGGAGGGAAGAGGAAGAAGAGGAAGACGCGGCUCGCGUCCACGUCUUUCGAAGCUGGUGGCGCUGGUCUCGCACCCACUCGUCGCAAGAGCGAAAGCGCAUCGAGUCGCAGCUCUGGCGCUUACGCUGUGAUGUCGAAGCGGACCUUUACUCGGCCAUCAAGGCGCGCGCCGCGAGUGGCGUGCCUCCUUCCCCCUGGGUUGGGCCGCACUCCAGCGCCCCCUUCCACCAAUUGGCGGAGCGACGCCAGAGGCUCGUCGACGCAGCCACUUUGAGGUCGGAGGAGGCACUGGGCGGCGUCCUCAUACCGGCGGGGCGAUGCCUCUACAUCGAUGAGGGCAGCGGCGAGGGCCAGGGGCAAGGAGAAAAGAAGCAAUCGCCCCGUAUCUACGACGUGGCUUCUCCCCUCUCCUUCUUCUCGCUGCCCCUCUUCACCACAACCAUGUUCGCCUCGCACUUGCCGAGCAGCUACGAGAGCGUUAUCGAGGAUCUCUAAUCGCUCCCUUUAAUCUGAAGAUAUCAUUAGCAGCCUGAG